AUUCUGAAAUCUCUCCUCCAUUACCAUCAUGUUCUAUAACUAUAGACUAAAAAUAUAAUUGCACCCUGUUAUUCAUUCAUUUUACAUAAUUACGUAAAACAUCUAGCAAAUGUGUUAUGAGAGAUCAAUGAAAAGAAAAUUACAGUUUAUAAGACAUAACUGAUUCAGAAUAAUUUAGAAUUGCGGAAAAUCCAGAAUAGCGGAAGAUAGAAUAAAGGGCAAUUGUCAACAAUGUCACGAACUGGAACGAAACUUGACGCGAAAAAAGUGAACUCUGAAUUAUUUACUCUAACUUAUGGCGCACUUGUUGCCCAAUUGAUCAAAGACUAUGAAAAUGUGGAAGACGUUAACAAGCAAUUAGAAAGAAUGGGAUAUAAUAUAGGAAUUCGACUGAUAGAGGAUUUUCUAGCACGGACUGGUUCUGGUCGAUGUUAUGACUUUAGAGAUACAGCAGAAAAGAUUCAAAGUGGCUUUAAGAUAUUUCUCGGUAUAACACCAUCAAUUACAAAUUGGAGCCCAGCUGGUGAUGAAUUCUCUCUAUGCUUUGAGACAAAUCCGUUAACGGAAUUUGUAGAAUUACCAGAUAAUUGUUCAAACUUGAAGUAUUGUAAUAUACUAACUGGUGUACUUAGAGGAGCUUGCGAAAUGGUGCAAAUGGAAAUCGCUUGCUGGUUUGUACAAGAUCAACUUAAAAACGACAACAUAACCGAAUUACGUGUAAAAUUCGUCAAAAGAUUAGAAGAUGCGAUACCAGCAGGCGAGGAUUGAAUAUAUUUGUUAUCUAAUGUGCAAGUGUUACCUAUAACUAUGUAUCAUUUUAAUGAUAAAAUAUUUUGUAUUUUAUGUUAAGAUACAAUUAUAAUAAUUAUAAGAUAUAUUAACCACACAUGUAUUUUUUCAUACACUGCUUGCAUUUCACAAUUUUUUAUUUAAAAGUAAUAUAUUGAGGAUUUAAUUUUUACAUUACCACUUAUAUUAAUGUAACAAUAGCGAAAUAAAAUAUAUGCCAACUUUAUACACACAAA